AUGUCUGUACCAUACGACCGAGCCUUUGAUUUGCUGAGCAACAGCCAGAAUGGCCACAUUCCAGCUUCCAAGCGCAUUCCCGCCAUUGCUCGGCCGUUUGUCAGCGAAAGAGCCGUAAAGACUCUCGACAUUGUAGAGAGGUUUGUUGAAGAAGAAUGUAUUCCCGCCGAUGCCGUAUACGCACGCCAGCUCGGCCAGAGCGUACAAGAGCGCUUCUCGGCACACCCAUCCAUCAUGGAGGACCUCAAGAAGCGGGCCCAGGAGCUUGGACUAUGGAACAUGUUCCUGCCCAAGGCGCAUUUCAAGGAGGGCGCUGGCUUCAGCAAUCUCGAGUACGGGCUCAUGGCCGAGUACCUGGGCAAGAGCCGAACAGCUUCCGAGGCGGUCAACUGCUCUGCCCCCGACACUGGCAAUAUGGAGGUCCUUGCCAAGUACGGCAGUGAGGCACAGAAGAGACAAUGGCUCGACCCGCUGCUACAGGGCAAGAUUCGCUCUGCCUUCUUGAUGACCGAGCCUCAGGUCGCCUCGAGUGAUGCCACCAACAUUGAGAUGAGCAUCAAGCGCGACGGCGAUCACUAUGUCCUGAACGGCCAGAAAUGGUGGUCAUCAGGCAUUGGUGACCCGCGCUGCAAGAUCUUCAUCGUUCUUGGAAAGACGGACCCCAACAACGCCGACAAGUACAAGCAACAGUCGGUCAUUCUCGUCCCCAAUGACACGCCUGGCGUUACCAUCCACCGCAUGCUUUCAGUCAUGGGAUUCGACGAUGCACCCCAUGGUCACGGACACGUUACAUUUGAGAAUGUCCGCGUGCCUGCCAGCAACAUGGUGCUCGGCGAGGGCCGCGGCUUCGAGAUUAUCCAAGGCCGUCUUGGCCCUGGACGUAUCCACCACGCCAUGAGGAGCAUUGGCUCUGCCGAGAAGGCAUUGGAGUGGUUCUUGGCUCGCAUCAACGACGAGCGCAAGAAGCCUUUCGGUGAGCUGCUCAACAAGCACGGCAUCAUGCUGGAGCGUGUUGCUCGAUCGCGUAUUGAGAUUGACGCUGCCCGUCUUGCUGUGUGCAAUGCUGCUAUUCAGAUUGACGAGACCAAUGCCAAGGGUGCGCUCAAGGAAAUUGCCGAGGUCAAGGUUCUUGUACCAGAGGUCAACCUCAAGGUGAUUGACUGGGCGAUGCAAGCCUACGGUGGUGCUGGUGUCAGCCAAGAUACGCCAUUGGCACAGAUGUGGGCGUCAGGCAGGACGAUGCGCAUUGUCGAUGGACCAGAUGAGGUGCAUCUCCUCCAGCUUGGCAGGAAUGAGAACAAGAAGGGACCAGCACACAAGCAAAGGAUCGAGGCGCAGAAGAAGAAGGGCGAUGAGCUCUGCAGGAAGUAUGGCUAUGAGCCCCAAGAUCCUCUGUAUCUGAACAGGACGAGCGGAGAGGCUAGCAAGCUGUAG